AUGAUCGGUUUCCGCGUGAAGCUUAUAAGUAAAAUCGUUAUUGACUGUCAACGAGACUUCAAAGAGAAAAAAACUGCGUCUGUUGUAGGCGAACUUGAAGCUAAACUAUCUGCAAGCAAAAGGUUCUUCGAAUCUUCAGAUCUCUUCAUUUCAAUUUUGAAGAUGGAAGGGACAGUAUUUACUCCUGCUUUAGAAGGAAUGAAACAUGUCAAGUCUGAAGAAGGUGAAAUGCUUUCUAAACCUUUCUUAGAAGUCUGCAAACAGAUAUUACCUGUUAUUGACAAUUUCGGAGCAGCCAUGGCACUUGUCAAAACUGAUGUUGGUGGUAACAUAACAAGGUUAGAGAACAAGUAUCUAUCCAACCCAUCUGAAUUUGAGAAACUAUACAGUAUGGUUCGGGUUGAGGUUGAAGCUAAGAAAGCAGAUGGUUCAUCUAGCUGCACCAAUGGUCUAUUGUGGCUAACUAGAGCAAUGGACUUCAUAGUAGAAUUAUUUCGUAACUUGAUGGAGCACAAAGAUUGGAGCAUGUCACAAGUUUGUUCUGAAGCCUACACUAAGACACUCAAGAAAUACCAUGGCUGGUUAGCCAGUUCAACUUUCACGGUUGCAAUGAAGCUUGCUCCAGAUAGGAAGAAGUUCAUGGAUGUUGUGGGUGGGAAAGGUGACAUCCAUUCUGAUAUUGAAAAAUUUUGUGCAACAUUCACACCUCUUCUUGAAGAGAACCACAAGUUCUUGGCUAGCGUUGGUCUGGAUGAUAUGAAAGCAAAGUAA